UAUAGUCUUUGGGAAAGUAGCAUGAAAAGUCUCUCAUUAUAUAGCAUAUAGAUUUCCCGAUGUAGGCAAACUAUAACUGACAAAUGGAAAAUAUGGGUAUUCUAACAGGAAAUCAGUUGCUACCGUUAACUCUAUCAUUGACAUUUCGCGCCAAUUAUUUUCAUAAUGUAGUUACCCCUAUCAAAACCAGAAGAAAUCCGAGAAAAGCUUUGAAAUUAUUAGCUAAACUUGAUGAUUCUUCAUCACCCACAAAUUCUCAGCAACAAGUAAACCUCUCAGUUCUUCGCUUUACUUUUGGAAUUUCUUGGUUGGACGAAUCUUACUUGCCCAGAUGGCUAGGUUAUGGUUUUGGAUCUCUUAUUAUUUUGAACCAUUUUGUUGGGUCCAAUUCCCCUGUAACCUCAGCUCAGUUUAUUUCGGAGGCGUUGGGUCUUUCGUUGGCGGCUUUCUCUAUCACACUUCCUUAUGUGGGAAAAUUUCUCAAGGUGAAGGGAGCAGAACCAGAAGAGCUAACAACUAUACCUCAACGUGCUCAACAAAUUUUUGUGAUGUCCCCCAAUGUUUCAGAUGUCCUGAAGGAGGACCUUGCUUGGACAACAUAUAUUCUACUACGUAAUACAAAAUCUGUCUCAGUGCUGAUAUCUUUGCAAGAUGUGAUCUGUAUACGUGGUUAUUGGAACUUACCUGAAAAUCUGUCAAAGGAUGAGAUUCUCAACUGGUUUAUGGCUAAAAUAAAGAACUCUGGGCUAUCUGAUGUGGAGGAGACACUCUAUUUUGCCCAAAGCACAGGUUCAGUGCUGGAGAAGGUUAUUCCUGAGGAGACUGGUUCAAUUUUAAUACAGCCAUUUUACAUUACAAAGCCACAAGAUGAGGGAAAGAAGAAUGUUUUGGGUUUUGUGCUUGUAGCUUCAAGCAUAAGCUAUGCCUACGAUGACAAAGACAUGUUGUGGAUAAAAGCCAUUGCCAACAAAUUAAAAGAAUGCAGAUAAUGCUGCCACUGUAUCUAGCUCAAUGCGCGGCACAUAAACAAUGCUUUUCAUGCCGAAUGCUGUUGCCUGUGAAGCAUAACAGCAAGGUUUGUAUUAUUUCAACUCUUAAAUGUGUAUUUGCUUGUAUAAAAGAGGAAGUAUGACUAGAGAAUGUUACAAGAAAUGGCAAAAACAACUAUACCUGUUUUACAUUGUCAUAUACAGUUGAAGGAUCAGUGAAAUCAACCACAAUACCCGUUGCUCUUGACUGAA